AUGAGCUUCUACUACGGCAACUACUACGGAGGCCUGGGCUACGGCUGUGGAGGCUUCGGUAGCCUGGGCUAUGGCUGUGGAGGUUUUGGUGGCCUGGGCUAUGGCAGUGGCUGGGGAUGUGGCAGCUUCCCCACACUGGGCUGGGGCUGGGGAGCCCGAAGAUAUGGCUGCGGCCUCCCACUGUGCUAUGGAGGAUAUGGAUUCUCUACCUUCUACUAA